UCGACUCACCGUUCACUAAAACGACGCCGUUUCCCAUAUCGAUAUGUCUCUAGAAAUCAAAUCAGCGGGGGGCCGAAAAUUUCCCGAGUGACAUCCGUUGCGACAAUGUCAGAUUCCAUGUCUCCCUCGCAAAAUCAAAACCCUAAUCACAAAGACUCGGAAGCAGUGGCUCGAGCUUGGCUCGCCACCAUUCCUGAGGAGGUCAAAACCCUAACCAUGGCGGAGUUCGAAUCUUGGGUUCACUCCAACAACGCCUCUUUACCCCACGAAAUCAGAUCAAUGCCUCCAUCACAGCUCUAUGAAAUCCUUACUCAGAACUCUAUGCCAACUCAGGAAAAAGAUACUAAUCCAGGCGAUAAUCCUGCCCGAUUUCAACGUACUGAUCAAUGGAUUCCGGUUUAUGCAUGGUUAGAGUUAUUGGACAAAGAUGAGGUGGUUAAGUCCAAAGAUAUUUCUGACUGGCUAACUGAGAAUCCCACAGUCAGAGAACAGUUGUGCUCGAGGCAUUCUCGUUACCAUUUGAUGCACUACAUUAAAAAAUGUCAUUUGAAGAUACUCAAGAGGAGGGAGAAAAAGAAGGGUUUGGAUCAAGCCAGCAAAGCAACACCUUUGAAGGUUCAAAAAACUGUGGUGACAAAGCCACCAACUGCGCUUCCAUGGAAUUCUCCGAGCAAUCUACCCAAAGAUAAUGAUGCUUACUUGGCAAAGCGAAAUGAAGCUUUGCGAAAAUUUGAGAUUUUAGUAGAAUUGGAGAAGCAGCUUUCAACCCUCUUCCCAAAGCAAUGAACAGAUACAAUUUAACAAAGUCUCGGUUCAGCAAACCUUUCCCAGACAUUAGAUAUGCAAACUGGCACAGACAAUGCUAAUCACUUUUUGGUGAUGAACAUCUUUUGUAAUUAGCUGACGUGAUAGCUGAGGAUUGGAAGAUAACUGUUGUUUGUUUGUGUUUAUAUACAAAGUGUUUUGGGAAUCAUUACCUGAUAA